CAGAGAUUGAAAUCCGGCAUAAACGACCCGGUAUUAUUAAAUUAAUGUGUUAUUGGAAUUUUUUAAUAGUUAAUUGUCUUAAAUUAGAGGCUUCAUUGUUUUGGGAAUGACCGGGGAAUGAAUUUCAGGAAGCCGAAGAAGAUGAUGACGACGAAGAAGAUGAAGAUGAUGAUGAUGAAGAAGAGGGGUCUGAAGAAGAUGAGGACGAGGUGGAACCCAAGUUGAAAUACGAAAGAAUUGGAAAUGCCAUGAAUACUAUUCUGAAUGGAGAAGAGUGCGCAAGUUGUAUGGCAGUCCAUACGAAGGUGCGAUCGCAGAGCUCAACCAGGCCCUGUUAGCUUUCCUUUUAUUUUAAUUUCGAUAACUACUCUCUCUCCAACACUCUCCCCUUCCUUUCCCCACCCCCGGUUAAUCGUCAGUGUGGGCCAUAUGGGUUCCAUAUUAUCGUGCAAAGCAUAGGUUCACCCCUGAUCAACGAUAACGAACCUCAGCGCACAAACUAUAGUACAUGUUAAUAACAUGGAAGCUUUCAAAGACUUUGGCUGUAUGCAAUGAUGUUUCUCUUUUUCAACAUGAAGAGGGACGAAAGGUUUACUUGCUUUGCAGGGCAGUGCUCAUACACCAUAACUAUAACAAUCCAAGGGUGUACAGAAGCGAUGUGAAACAGUUUUAUAUCAUUAGCUGAAUUAUGUGCGCAGUUUGAUUAGUCCUUUCUAAUGAUCUAUUUCAUAGGAUAGACAUAUAGAUUACCUCACCAUUAACAAUUUUUGGCUUCUUUAGCAUACAAAUCAAAUGGAUUCCAUGUUCCUGUGGUAGAGUAAUAGAUCAUAGAAGAUGAUAAAAUGUUGUAAGAACAUCAGAGACUCACUCUGCUUUACCUGGUGGGCCACUUUUCUGUUCUUACCACAUUCUGAACAAAUACACGGCAACCUGGAAUCUAUUUGUUAAAUUUUAUUUGCAAGUUAUAAGAUUUUUUUCAAAUUCUUAUUGUAGUUUCUUGCCCUUGGAACUCACUAUGGAGUUGUUCAUAUACUGGACCAUCAAGGAAACCCAAGCAGUAGUAAAAAAUAUCCAUCAGUAAGUACAAGAAUGAUGGUCAAAAUAACACUAUUUCAGAAAGAUAUUAUAAUUAUGGGAGAAACGAAACAACACAGCAUCCACAAUAACUUGACUGCUAACAAUUUCUUCUUUAGCGUCAACUUUCAAACAUAUCCCAGUACUGUUGGAGACCAUCUCUGUUCACUUUGAUUAUUGCAUUGUUUUAUUGAACAGAGGGUCAGGAGAGAUCAAUUUCCAUAAUUUAGGACGUGGUAAACCAUUCUGGGAAUAAUUAGCAAAAAAAAAAUGUGCUAUUUUAAGGCAUAACCAUCAUAAACUAUAUAUUAAUGGAAAGGUUAUGAAAUGCAUUAUUCUGUGUUAUUUGCUGACAAAGUUUCUCCAAAUUCAGCUUUAGAAACUCUUUAGAGUGGUCAAUUUACAUUAAAAACUUAGUUGAUUAAACCAAAUUGCCUCCUAACAUCUGCUACUAUUGCAGCACCACAGUGUCCUUGGAAACUUACCCUCUUUAUUUAAAGUGAACACAGGCAAACUGCCUAAAGCAUGGGAAAGUGUGGAUGAACAAGUUACAAUUGGUUUAAGUAUCUGGCCAGGUUAGAUGCUGAUGAGAGUUUUCUGGAGCAAUCAGCAAAUGAUAUGAAGCAAACCCAAAUGAAUGCAAUCCCAGAUUACCAUCAAUACUUGACUGAAAAUUGCUCCAUUGUAGUUCUUGAUAAGAAUCAACAAUAGUUGUGCUAGCAUUUUCACAGUUCUUCAAACAUAUCCUUUUAGCACACUACAGCUAUCAAUCAAAUCAGCAUUGAUCAGAGUGGAGACUAUGUUGCCAGCUGUUCUGAUGAUGGACGAGUGAGUACUGUUAAACCAAUUUAAAAUUAGAUUAUUUUAUUCUUUAAGUACAAAUAUUUCUUUGUGAGCAAUCCUCACAUUCUCUCAUUUUAAACUCUUAAUUAAAUUGACUUGUCUAUUUUUUCACAUCUUCUGAUUUGCAUAUUCAGGCUUUCAUUAUGGGAGAUGAGGUCUUUCCUCAAUUUUAUAAACUUCUCUUGUACAGUAAUGAUAUUGAAUUGUGUUUAAAAUAAUGGUGUGUGAAGUAGCUGAACUGAUUUGUGCUUUUAGGUUGUAAUAAAUGGCCUUUAUAGCUCUGAAAACAAUGUCCAGGCCAGCUUUGACACUCCUGUUAAGGUAAGGGGAUAUUUUUGCCAUUUUAGUGCAUGUAAUGAUGAAGUUAAACUCAUAGUCUGCAUGUCACUAUUUCCGUGUCUUUUUCAGUCAGUAGCUUUGGAUCCUGAGUUCUCCAAGAAAAGAACCAAAAUGUAUGUUACAGGAGGAACAAAGGUGUGCUGUUUUCCUUUUUCCUAUUAGAUAUAGGUAAAUUAAAUGAGUUGCAUCUAGAUCUGCCACCCUGAUUUUAUUAUAUCAUCAUAAAUUAGCCAAUAUUAGGUGAUCAUGAGAAUUUCCCCCUUGGAAAGGUUUCAAAACCCUUUUGCUUCACUGUACUGGUUAGAAUUUUAAGCAUCUGUAACCCCCUUUACAGCAAAACUUUACAACCUUUGAUUGAUAUGAUAUUUGUUGAAUCUGUUUAAUUUCACUUUGUAUGACUGUUUUCUCUACAGUUGAUUUUGACAGAGAGAGGCUGGUUCAGAAACAAGUCAAGUAUCUUACAUGAAGGAGAAGGAAACAUUAGAACAAUAAAAUGGAGAGCAUCCCUUAUAGCAUGGGCUGAUGACACAGUACGACUUUUUGCCUAUGCUUUGUAGAUCAGUUGAUGUUAUUUAUUUCUAUGUGAUUCACCUUGAAUUGAUUUACAUUGAGUAACUCUCUGUGACUGUGUUUCUUUCAGGAGGUCAAGGUGUUUGACAUGAAUUCUCACAGAGUAAUAACUCAUAUAAAGAGAGAAACCAGAAAGUAAGUGUAAUUAAUAGUGCUUGAAAGCAUAGUAUCCAAGUUUAGAAUGUUUACAUCUUCACAAGAAACCUCCUUCUCUAACAGUUACUAGCCUAAGGUUCAAAGCUGUAUCAUAUAGGGUUUGAUUUGUAAACUAACGUUGUGCAUUAUUUUCCAGUUAUAGACCUGAGUUAUAUCGCUGCUGUCUGUGUUGGAGGGAUGAUGUCACUCUUUUAAUUGGCUGGGCAGACAUGGUUCAGGUAUCAAAUGUUUCCUCCUUCAUUAGAUUGGUACUGAGUACCAUAACAGUGAUCAACUUUUAGAGACUCUGUGCUCAUAUUUAAAUGAAAAGCUUUGUAGAGCAAUAACUGAGAGUACUCAUUGGAAUGGCAGAGAGGACUCUGUAGUAUCUCUAUCUCUUUACAGAUUUGUGUGGUUAAAGAAAGGCUGGUUCCAAGGUCAGAUCUCCCUCCUUUGGUUGUGGAAAUAGGUGAAUAUGAACUGGAGUGCACUCAUUUAAAGAAAACUUUUGCCUUUUUAGAAUCAUCUACAAGUAUUGAGUAUAUCAGUUCAUACAUAGUGUUACUUUGUUUUACUGAUUUCAAAUCUAUUCUUUUCUUGUAGUUGCAAGGUUCAAAACUGACUAUUACAUUUCUGGAAUUGCAUAUCUUAAAGAUGACUUGGUAAGUGUUUUAGUGUAUUUUUUCAUAUGCACACUUAAAAGCCAAAAUAUUUCUUGUGCAACAAUUUUAUUUACAUGUAAUGAGGAUAAUUAUUAUAUGAGAAGGUAGUCAUGAGGCAAAUCAAAGCCUUUUUGUAGGUUCUUACUUGGUCGGGAUUUUGCUGUACAGACCAUUUACAUGAAAAUAAUCAUGAGCCUUGUGUUUUUGUUCUCAGAGGGUGGCAAAUUUAAAAUAAAAAAGUUUGGUCUAAGUGCCAUAUAAUAAACUUCUUGCUUACCUCACUUACUUGAGCCGCUCUGAGGAAUAGUGGCCUCAGUCUGUACUGCCAUGACCUCAAGCCAAUAUUCCCCAGUGUGGCCAUUUUUCUUGGUUUAUAAAAGGGUUAGAAUUAUAUCAGUUAUGUGAAUCACCAAUGAAAAGAAAACUUACAGUGCAUGUUUUGUAACUUAUUCUAAUUGUGUAGGUCACAAUCUGCACAAUCUUAUCGAUAGGGAUGAUUCAAAUUGGUACCACCUAUCAAGGAAUAAUGAUGGGUAGAAGUGUUUCUAAGAAUUAUUUGAUGCUGGGAGUACUAUCUUGCAGUUUUCAAAAGGUGUAAUUAUUUUUUUCAGGUUAUUCUGUCAUACAUGACAAACAUUGAGGAAGGCACCCAAAAGGUCAGUUAAUAGCCACCAGCCAUUUAGCUCAUGAGAACUAAACACGCAUAUAGAUAAAUCAUUUAAUAAACCAGAUGAUUAAAAGUAUUAUUUUUUAUUAUUAUUCAUGACCAACAGAAAGGUGAACAGUUAGUUGCACACAGACCACAGUUAAGGAUUUUAACACCACAGGGCUGCAAUGAACCUGAGGAGCUUUCUGCAGAUGCUUUGUCAGUCAGAGGAUUUGAACAUUAUCGAUGUGAUGAUUAUCAUUUAGGUAUGACUUUGUGGUUGUCACUGCUGACUUUUUCCUUAUUGUUGUUGUUGUUGUUGUUGUUUUUUUUUUCUUUACAUUAAGUUUAACCCUUUAACUCCCACAAUCUUAUUAGUAAUUCUCCUUACUGUCUGUCAUACAGUUCUUGUGAUCCUAGUUUGGAGAAUUAUGUAUUGGAUCGACUCAUAAUCCGCUAAAUGAUAUCUUCCUUUAUUCUCCUCACUUUGCUUGAUAUUGUAUUGAUAUUGUAAGGAGAAAUUCUGUCUUGGUCAUGCAUGGGAGUUAAAGGGUUAAAGAGAUGAAAACAAUUGGAAAAUGGGUGAUCUUGACUUUUCAUUGCAUUUGAAUAUUAACUUAUUUUGACUGAUACUGUGUUGUAUUACCUUCUUAAUAAGAUACAUGAAAAAAUUACUCAGUUCUGAGUGGUUAAGAUAAAUGCAGUUUUCAGGUAAUUCAAUGCGGAAGAGAGUUAAUUCAGUGCAAAGAAGUAACAAACCAGACUGAACAAUUCCUUGAACUGUUUAGCUGGACUUUGAAAUUUUUUGCACCUUAAAGAUGUGAAAAUAUCAUUGUACAUUAUUGUUUUGAUUGUACACAGUUAUUUUAACUGAACACACAAGUUUGAAUAAGUUAUUUUUGCACUUGAUGCAUGCACUUGAUGCAUGCACUUGAUGCAUGCACUUUGCUUCUGCAUAAUUAUGAUAAGCUAUCUCAUAUUUUUUCUUGUAUAUUAUUAAUACAUAAUCACAUGAUUUUUCUUGUGCAAUUUGGAAUAAAAAAGGACUUGUAAAUUUUUUCAAAGACCAAAAUUUUGUUAGUCUUUGAAAAAAUUUACUCGUGCUAAUUUAUUCCAAAUUACACUCAAAAUAAUGUGAUUUCCUCUACAAAAAAGCGAUAAAAGUGUGCAAUGAUAACAAUUUCAUCAAUUUAAAUGCAGGUGGUCAGUUAUUAAUUGCAUUUAGAUCAUUAUGUGUGAAAAUUAACUGUAACAAGGACUCCUGGCAUGAACAUCACUGACUUGUUUAGACUGAUGCUAGGUCUUCUCAAAAGACAAUAAACCAAAGUUACUAUUAAUAUUAAUAAGAUUUUUUAAGACUUAAUUUAAAUUGUGAAAUAGAGCCUGAGUUAAUGUUUUUGUUAAUGAAAUUCCAGCCGGGCAUCAUUUAUUUUUAAUAUUUACCAAUUAUUGGUUAACAAUUAUUGUUAAUUCAGAAUUCCUUGCCUUUACUAUUUUUACAAGUAGUUAUCCUUUUGUUUGCCUUCUGAGAAAAUUAUUGUUUUGUAAUGAUGUAAUGUAUACAGCCAAUCCAAUCAGUGUUUAGCCUCAUUGGAAGUCUGUUGAUGUUUAUGCCCUGUUGUUGCUGGUGUUUCAUAUUCCUUUUUUACUUUUAAGAUCUAUAGUUUAUUAUUAUUAUUAUUAUUAUUAUUAUUAUUAUUAUUAUUAUCAUCAUCAGUAUUCACUCCAUGCAUCAUGGCAAAUGAGAGAAUUGCAUAAUAUUUAUAAUAUUAACUGUAUAAAUCAUAAUUUUGAUGCAUGUCUUAUCAACUCUUGAUACUUGACUUAUUGCACACCUAUUAGCAUUUCUGCAUGAUGAUUUGGACAGUCCUUCUUCUUUCCUUUAUGGUGGUAGGUAACAUGCGUGUACCAAAAAAUAGACAGCUUAUUAGUAUUUAUAAAAAUGACAACUUUGUAAUACUUGAAGUUAUUGCUCUUCCCUGAACGUCACUACAUUACAUCAGCCUUUAUCCAUUGCUUACUAUCAACCUUUUCCUUUGGGGUGGAAUUGAAAUGUGACAAGUAAGCAAGAGAAGUGAAUACAGAACCACAAUGAGUUUGGCUAAAAAUUCUCUAUAGGAAGGGUCCCACACAGAAAAACACUGAACUAAGAAAUUUAUUUAAAUUAUUCAUGGAAUGAAUUGCAUGUUAAAAGAUAAACAAAGUUAACAAUGAAAUAUCCUAAAAAAUAAGAUGUAAAAUGUUUUUAUUAAAGUUGAUGCAAAUAAGUCAUAAACAUUCUAAACAACCUACUGUAUCUCAAGGCAAGUUUUCUGGUGCAGAGGCAAUGCUUUGGACUGGUAAUCAGAAGAUCUGGGUCUCAGAUCUCCACCUGGGACAUACAUCUCUUGACUUUUUCAUUCUUAUAAACAAAAGGUCGGAGGAGUUGUGCUCAACAUCAGGCCAUGUUGGCCUGACCUGACAACCACCUUCUCAGAAUUCUUUGUAACAUUAUUUAAAGCAGUGUAUGUGAAAUAUCAUAAAGGAAACACCUUAAUUUACUUCUUGAAGAACUUUAUAGGUUUGUUUGGUGUGUAAAUAUUUCUUGGUGAGACCUUUGACUCACAUUGCACUUCACAGAGGACAGCAUUGGAUUUAGAUUGUAUAAUGCUGCCUCUUGGUGCAAGUUUGUCUCCACUGACUUCUAAGUGUUGGUUGUGAUCAAAUGUUAAUGCAAUUGUUGUAAUUUUGGUUUUUUCUUUACAGAAAAUGUUGUGGAAGAGAAUCUGUUUUACAUUGUUAGCCCUAAAGAUCUUGUCCUGGCUAAGGUACAUAGUAUUAUGUUGUUUUGAUCCUAAGAGUUAAAUGAUGGUUGUUAUAUUAACACCAGCUGCUUGUACUUUUACUCAGCCCAGAAAUAUUGAUGAUCACAUUAAAUGGCUCAUGGAUCAUGGAAAGUAUGAGGUAUAUAAGAAAUAUCUUAGUUGUCUUUGGUCAAAAUGAUCUGUCUGUUUACCAGCUGUAUGUAUUGCUGGCUGCUGAAAGCUCAGAGGCUGGUCUUGUGUAUUUUUGGUAAUAAUCACAACAAAGUCAAAAUACCCUAGUGCUUCCAUUUUCUUGAUAUGUGUAGGUGUAUGUGUGGUCGAUUGUUUAUGCAACUACUAAGGAGAUUUUAACAGCCAAGCAUAUUGAUCAACCUUUUUUUAAGGUUUAUUCCCUGUGUUCAGCAACACAAACAUGUGUAACAGUUUAACUGAAUACUUUAUUUUUAGGAAGCUCUGAGUGUAUCUGAAACAAACAGUAAAGAAGUCAAGAAACAUAAUCAUCAAGUAACACAAAGAUUUCCUCAUAGCCAAUGUUUUUUUAUUGUGCUAGACUCUGGUCUAGGAGUGUAAGAUGCAGGGUCAUGAAAUUAGGAGAUCCUCGCAGCUAAGAACACUACUGAAACGAGUAGUUGUAAAUAGGACCUGAAAAAAAAUUUCAGGCCCGUACGGGAUAUGAACCCAUGACCUCUGCGAUACCGGUGCAGCGCUCUACCAAUUGAGCUAACAAGCCAACUGGGAGCUGGUCAAUGAAUUGAAAAAAGAAUUUUUUUCAGGUCCUAUUUACAACUACUCGUUUCAGUUGUGUUCUUAGCUGCGAGGAUCUCCUAAUUUCAUCUUUCCACCGCAGUGCAAAUAUGUGAAUUUUCAUAUAUCUAAAAUCUUCAUGCAGGGUCAUGUUGUGACUGAUUUCAUGUGGGGUGUGUGUUUUGUGGCAAGCAGUGUAAGAUAGGCUUUGUAGGAGAUAAAAUUGAUAGGAAAACCUGUUGAAAUGGAGAGGGCUAAUCUGUAAAUGAAUAAGUCUGCCAACAAGUAGGAGUGGCAACACUCCUAGUCACAUUAUAACACAAUAUACUUGGAUGAGGUUCACCUUUUUAGGCCUCUUUCCUCUAAUGUAGACUCUAAGAUUUUUACUCCCUUGAAUGAUCAAGACAGAAAAUCUCCUUUCAAUGUCGAUAAAAUAUCAAGCAGACGUGAUGAAAAUAAAGAAAAAUGUUCAUAAGAAUUAUAUGGUAGACAGUAAGUACUAUGAAAUAUGAGGAGGAAAAGAGUGAAGAUUUUUUUACCCUCUACUUCUGUCAGUAGUGUCAUUUAACCUUUAGUGCAAUGAAAUUUUUACAUGUGGUAUUUCAUUUUAUACAUUUAAGGAUAUUGGAAGAGCUUUUUUGAAAUCUUUGAUGGAGGAAGGAAAAUAUGAGACAGCUGCCAGGUUUGCAAAGAUUUUUUUUGCGAUUACAUGUCCUUGUUUUGAUGAAGCCCUGUUGCCAGCUGAUAAUUGUGAAACCUUUCUUCUUGAAAUUUUGUCUGUGCAGAUUGUGCAUCAAAGUAUUGAGUGAUGACAAGAAACUCUGGGAAGAUGAAGUGUACAAAUUUGCCAGAAAACAUCAGCUGGAGGUGAAUAUUCUUUCCUUUUCCAUUUUUACUGGGAGGUUCAAAAUUAGUUUGAGUUAUCCAUGAUUUUAUUUAUUUUCUCUAUCAGGCUAUCGCCCCUUAUAUUCCUACCAAAGCAGUGAAGCUGAGCUCAGCAAUUUAUGAAAUGGUUCUGUAUGACUUCCUCAAGAAAGACGUCAAGGUAUUCAUCCAACUACAUUAAGUUCUUACUGUUCUUGUUGAUCUUGUGAUUUUGAUUAUCCAAUCAGGGACCAACAGGAACACCUGCAGAGCUGUGAAUUAAUGAGCAUAUGAGAUUAGUGUGGUAAAGAUGAGGAUGAUGGUGACCACAAUGAUGAUAAUGAUGAUCAGUACAAUAUUUCUUGAGGGAGCCCCCUUUUCAAAGUAAAUUCAGAAUUACAGCACAUGUUUGGCUAUUUCUUCUCUAUAGAAGCUUUUUUUGAGCGGGGGAGAACAUCUUAUGUCACUUGAUGUUAACUCUACGUGCUACAUAUGAGAAUCAGAAGACUAAACUUUGCAGUCUAGGAAAGAAUGAGUACUGUGUUUGGCAUGCUGUACUGUGAAACUCAAAAAAGCAGGAACACUGGAAAUAUUUCUGAAAUCAGAUUCCGUCAAGGAAAAACAAGCUAAUCCAGCAUGAAAAAUUUUAAAUGUAUACAAUAAUACUUAUUAGUGAGUGAUCAUGUUUUUUUCGUGUCCUGAUCUCCCAUAUGAUUGGUCACAAUACAGUGCAUAUUCUGCAAAUAUUUCAGGUGUUUGGGGUACUAAUAUUUGUUCACUUGCUUGGUGUUGACAUUCAUUAAAGCCUCUUCGAAUGUGGAUUUGACUAUUUUGGAAAUUCCUGUUUGUAUUUCAGAAAUUCCAGGCACUGAUCAAGGAAUGGCCAGCAGAUUUAUACGGUGUGCAGCCCAUCAUUAGUGCUGUACAGGUGAGUGGGAAGGACAUUAAAACAAAUGAAUCUGAUUAACUGGCUCACUGUAGGGUGACUGUACCUGACUGACUGACUGACUGACUGACUGACUGACUGACUGACUGAAUGACUGAUCAACCAACUGACUGACUGGCUGAAGGACUUUCUGACCCGCUGAUGGACCAACUGUCUCUCGCUGCCUGACUGGUAGACUGACUAACUGACCUAUGGAUUGAAACCUUCUGACAAACUGACUUGGUGCCUACAGGGGAUAAGUUUAUAAAUAAACUGGUGCUGCAUCUGGGGGGGGGGGGUAUUACAAGAUAAUUUGGUUUUAUCAGCUGAGUUUAUAAUGUGAAUUAGCCACCGUAAAGAGUUUCUAAAGUUGACGUUUCGAGCUUUAGUCCAUCAUCAGAGUGAAUGAUUUACUGACUAACAGACAGACUGAUUUACAACCUCACCCAAAAUGACUGGCUGUCUGAGUGUAACAUAAUUUCUGACUGACUAAGAAAGCAACUGACCUCGUUAUUUGUUAUUGACAUUUUUUAGGAUAAGCUGGAUAAGGAUCCUAAGAACCGUGUUCUUUUGGAAACUCUUGGAGAACUGUGAGUCAAGAGUAUUUUGUUCUGUUUUAUUUCACUUUUCAAGCUUACGUUCGAAUACUAACAGCUUUUUUGGCAAUCUUUUUCUGUUACAGUUACACGCGGCUGAAGAGAUAUGAUAAAGGGCUCGCCAUAUACCUUAAGUAUGACUUUCUUUCAAUCCCUUGAUACAUCUGUUCGUAGAAUACAUGGAAUUUAAAGAGUAAAAACUUUGGUAACAUUUACUGAGCGUGGAAAAAGAAAUAUCAAAGUCAGCUUGCUUUCAAGUUGAACCUUUUUACAUUCGAACAUCAGUCUGCAUGUUCUCCAUACUGGUCUCUGAAUAUUACCUACGGUGCAGACAAGGAGAAUUUGUUUAACAAUCAAGAGCUUCUCUAGUUGGUGAUCAGUUCCUUUAUUCUCAUAACCUUAAUGUUUGAUUCAUGGGUGAUAUUAUAAGGAGAAAUUAGAUCCUAAGAAUUCUUUGGGGUUGAAGGAUUAACAAGCCAACCAAAACUUGCAGGAAAGUGGAAGACAGAGAAGUUUUCCAGCUUCAUCUCUUCGCAUGAAACAACCUUCAUUUUCUUGAAAAAUAGAAGAUUUUACGCUAGUAAUUAAUGCACAUGUGCAAACUGUCUUUAUUUUACAGACUUGGACAUAGCGAUGUGUUUAACUUGAUCCAUCAACACAACUUGUUUAACUCUAUUCAGGACAAGAUUAUUAUGCUCAUGGAAUUUGACAAAGAGGUACAUAUAUAAACAUUUUUUUUCUGUCUCUGUAAACACAAAAGCAUGAAAGGAAGCUACUCGAUUUGAGCGUCAAGGGUCGACGUUCAGUGCAAGAUUUAGUGGAAGAGUUUUUAGGGAAAAUAUAACAUCUAAAUAAGAGAGCAAUGUAUCAAGCAGGCGUUAGUUUCUAAACUUUCUCAGUACUUGUUGUUUUAUUUGUUUUCUAGAAAGCCGUGAAGAUGUUGAUUGAUAAUACAGAUAAAGUUCCCGUAAGUGAAGCUCUGAAACAUAAAAAAAUGUUUUGGUUAGAGCUGACUGUGACAGUAACUGUCAUCAAUGUUGAAACUGAGAUGCGUUGAUUUGCAUGGUAUACAAUCUUUAUGUGCACGCUUACAUUCUCUACGUCUAAAUAAUUUACGUUAGACAUUUGUGAUACAAUUAGUUCUUGGUAACUCGUUCAUUUGGCGGCAUCAAGUCAGCGAGAAUAAGCCGUCCUUGAUCGUUGGAGUUCGCUGUUUACUUUUCCCUCUCUUGUUCUUAAGAAGUGAACAACCGUCUUCCGGAAUAAGUGAACAAUCGCUUUCGUUUCACAGGGUAACAGAGACAAGCGCGAGGCGAACGCGAAGGAUAAAUGUCGCGCGUACCUCACUCUUCGCGCGUGGAUCCUACCUUCGCGCAUGCCUCACCCUUCGCGUUCGCCACGCACCUCUCCGCUUACUUAAAAAACGCACAGAAAAUUACACCUUCUACGACGGUUAUAUCGAAAGCUUUUUUGUGCGCAGGAUUCUAAGAUCAGGUUAGAUAUAGACAUUAAUUUUUUGAAUUAGGGCUUCAGUUUAUUCUUUGUAUCAGGCUUCACCAUGUCACCCUCUUAACUCAAUAAACAAGUUCCCAUGAUUAUUUUUCUGUGUGGGACGGUCUGAACCUUAAUCAUUCAAUUUCAGGUUGAAGAGGUUGUGCGCCAACUGAACAGGCGAUCAGAACUUCUUCAUGUGGUUAGUAUCAUAACUGUUGCGUGGGUUGAUUCAAAAUGAAAUUCUCCGCACAAAGGAAAUGCUGUCCCAAUGUCCUCCAAUCCAUACGGUUCGAUCAGAAUGAACUAACAGGAAUGUUUCAAUCAUAGCGGAGUUCAGGUGUAAUAUUUUGAAUAAUUUCCACCGUUGUGGAAAACUGCCUUCGAGUAAGUUAACUGUGAAGGAGAACUUUAACGCUGAUUUCUUAUGAUAUAAUUUUAGCUGAUGUAAGGAGUAUUUAAGGUUAUUGCUACACUGAAAGACACUUUCAGAAAUGGCUUUUCUUUGUUUAGUAUCUUGACUCGCUCUUCGUGAAGGAUCCACAAGCCGGGAUGGAUUAUCACGAACUACAGGUAUAAGCAUUUUAAUAUACCUUUUUGCUACUGCUUUCGUUUCUUUGUUGUUGGUAAAUCCAACAUAAAUCAUAGGCUAAUACCAUGAACUGCGAUCAACUGAUAGAGCUAUGUUUAGUGGGGUGUCGAAAGUUAUCCUUUUUGUUCUGUAAUUGGUCCAGAAAACUUGCGCCAUCCUCUCAAUCAAUGAGAUGGUUCACUCUUUUAUAUACUUAUAAAAAAAAUAAUUUGUAUAAAACGGUUAAAACGUGGGGAACACCUGACUCUCUCUAACGCUAAGGGCGAGAAAUUUGUGCGUGAUAAAACGCGCUGGAAAGUUAUAUCAGAGAUUCUUUUUGGUAUUUGCGCGAACCGCUCACCCUCAAAGAGUCAAAUGGUUCAGGUGAGAAGCUUUCGUUUAGUUACCUUUAACGAUUUUAGAGAAGAUAAGAAACCUUAUCAUAGCAUCGAGAUAAUAAUCUGGUGCCAUAUUGUUUUUUCAGAUUCCUCUUUAUGCAGAAUUUGAGCGAUCAAAAUUGCUUACUUUUCUGAGAAACAGCAAUUAUUAUCCUCUGCAAAAGGUAAUUCUUUACCAACAAGAACUACUUUUACUAUUUGUUCGUUGUAAUUCACUUCGAUCAUUCAACUAUAACUUAUCUCCAUUUCACACCCGAAUCUGUCUUAGGCUCUAAACGAAUGUGAACAGAGGCGCUUGGUUCCGGAGAUGGUUUUUUUGCUCAGUGAGUAUAGAGUUAGAUUAAAACUUGUAAUUAUUUAGAAUUGCAAUGCUGCUGUUAUUUAUUAUUAUUAGACCCACUUCUUCGCAAACGAGUUUAAAAUGGAGUCUUAAACAGUUUAAUUUUUUAGUUCGGUCUUUGCAAAUAAUACUAGAAAAGGCUGUUCAAUUGUCCUAGGACUGAGACAAAGGAAACAAUCUCUUUUUCGCACGAAGAAUCGAACCUUAGACCCUGGGACCUUUUGGUGUUUGGUUGUUUUGGCCCAUACCAGGUUCAUAUCUGACAGGGAUCUUGCAUACUGCAAGGAUCAGCAAUGUGGAAAGUGUUAUUUGUGUGCAUGGAUCCGGCAAAGAAAACUUCAUGGAGUAGAAUUUCUCCCAAAGCCUUUUACAAUUUCACUCACAAAUUUCCAUUUUUAAGAACGUGCAUGUCUGAUUUUGAAGGAGACUUAUUCAGGAAAAACGAUUCCCAGUUUCCCUCGCAUAAUGCCAAAGAAACUUGUCAAUACAAUCCUGCUUGUUGGAACGUAUCUUAAUUUUUAGAACUUGCAGCCAUGUCGUUUAUUACUUUUCAUUUUUUUUUUACUCAGGUCGCAUGGGAAACAACAAGCAAGCUUUGCAGUUGAUAAUUCAGGAAGAAAAUGAUGUAGAGAAGGUACGUCUCAUGGAAACAUGUGUGACUAGCAGUUAAUAAUUAUUCACCGAGGUGGAGGCGAAUAGAGGUGGAUAUUUACCUCGGCGCUUCGCAGCUUGGUAAAUAUCCACCUCUUUCACCGACCGUGAGGUGAACAAUAGUUUAAGUAUAUACCACACACCAACAAAAUAGAAAUAGUUUAUUUCUGACAAUAUAACAAAAAAUAGUCGGAGAUUGGGUUGUUGACGCGCGAUUUUGUCUCUUUGGCUUCUUGGAGGUGAAUAGCACUUGCUAAUUACCUCUGAACCAGCCAAUCAACGCGCGCGAAAAGCAUUAUUCACCUGUGUGGUAUAUACUAAAAGUCCUCACUAGUGUGAGGUGAUUUGCAGUUUGUAGUGUAUGAAUAACAUGAUAUUUAUUGAUUGACAGGCAAUUGAAUUCGCCAAAGAACAAGACGACGAAGAUUUAUGGGAUGAUCUGAUCAAUUAUUCUCUUGACAAACCAGGUAUGUCACUGUUUUUGUAUGGGAGCCUGAGUUGAGCCUCCGCACUCCGUUCUUCUGUACGCACCUACUCUCAUCUCCUUAUUUCAUCACGUGCACAAGACGCAAAAAAUUAUUUAUAUUUUUACGUCCUUUCUCAGUCGGGAUAAUCAUUUUGGAAUCUGAGGUAAAAAGCAAAUAUUUUAAAGAAUAUAAUUUUUUUUCUUUACAGAGUUUAUCACGGGGCUCUUGCAUAAUAUCGGGACUCAUGUUGAUCCGAUCAAACUCAUAAAGGUAUGAAUGUUUCAAAAUCAGUUUGUCUCAGUAUCAAUAACAUAGUGUCAGUUCGGUGAACAUUCCUAUACUGCGUCGUGUAGACAACCAGUGUUGUGUCAAUUUAACGCAGUCCUCCUCCAAUGAAAGCUGACACGAUUCAUGGCUUAUCUGUAUUUAGAGCAGACCUUUCUUUAACCAAGACUACCGCUUAGCUGAAAGAAAACGAAAACAACUGGUAAUCAGGCUAUACUUGACUCGGCUACAUGCUUUCUUUCAUGUUCUCAGAGGAUUCCUGAGGGAAUGAAGAUUCCUGGUUUGAGAGAUUCAUUGGUGAAAAUUCUUCAAGACUUCAAUUUGCAGGUAACUGGCCUGACUGAAGCAGUACUAACAAGUUUUGGUUGCGUUAGCCCAUCUAACAUGCACAACUUCGGGUUGCGUUGAAGUAAAAUUUCAUACGUCUUUCAGUGUUAUCCGUUUUAGUUUAGGCUGCUCUGGUUUCCCUUUUGUGUUCGGCUUGUGAGUAAACUACUAUAUAGAGGGGUUUUCAAGUGUGUGUCGAAAUUAAUCAGGAAUUGCGUUGGUCUCGGUGUGACCCAAGAAAUUCGCGCCCUUCUCUCGACCAAUCAAAUGCAAAACUCAAAACAAUCGGGACUUGGUCAUUCGCGUUUUCCCGCGCUGCAAGCGAUUUCCUUGUGUUCACUUUGGAUUCUCAUUGGCUACUGAUAUUAUAAACCUUUGUUCUAAUUGGUCGCAGUGAUUACUUUGGUUUUGCUACGCUCCAUUGAAAACUGGUUUAACUUGAUUUAUCACCAGAGUUACUUUCAUGUACAAGUAAUAAUUGCUUAGUUUCAUUAUACGUGUUAUUCAAACUGAAGCGGUGUUUUAUUUCUAGAUCUCUCUUCGUGAAGGCUGCAAAAAGAUUCUCGUCAAAGACAGGUGAGAUAAGAGGCUUUAUCAUCCAUUAUAUAAAAAAAAUUUGGUGUUAUAUUCAUUAAACCAAUUAGUUCAUUCGUAUUUGAAAUUGAAAAGAUGUGAAACUUACGAUCAGUUGGUCACCUACAAUAUUCAAUGUUAUAAAUUUCUUGCAUGGGUUUUACACGAGGAACACGUUACACGCUGCUGUAUGCAGGACAUGGAGGUGAUGUCGUUCAAGUAGCUAAGAUCAUGCUUGAAACAUUUCGUAGUACUCAGCACCGCGUUGAUUUCACUGAGGGAAAUGCUGAAAUCCAGUAAUGUGAGCUUUUCUCCUCUCUGCAGCGUGUCUUUGCUACAAAGGUUGAGCAAGGUUCAGCAAAGGGGAGUGUCAGUUGACGGUAUGUAUCCUGCAGAAUAAUCCUCAGACUCAGCCUGGAUUGUUUUUUUUUUAUUUUUUAUCCAGAACGCUUUGCCAGAUCGGGCUCAAACCCUAGUUUGAGUCAUUCUGUUGUGUUAUUGUAGUAAGACCCUUCACUCACAGUGACUGUCUCCACCCAGGAGAAGUGGGUGCCUGAAGACUCUAACAGAAUCGCGAGGCAGGGAUAAGCUCCGGCUUGUGGGGGGGGGGGAGGGGGGGCACUUAGCUUGAGAGAAGCCUGACUGUACCUUUAAUUUUUCACCUGUGUAUUAAGUUGCUUCGUGUUUAUAGAAACUGGGAAAAGCCUCGUCAGUUUUUGAAUCAUUUUCGUAUACAGGCCCCACAUGAACCUAUAAGCUGGCACGAUUACUGUUAAUCUUAUUCCUAUGUGUGGUUUUGUCGUUGUAGAUGAAACAAAGUGUCCCGUUUGUCAAGGAGCAGUUAUUGCUGAAGGUUAGUGCCACAACCCCCCUCCUGAAAAGAAUAAUAUAAAAAGAGGAAGAAAUGAAUGUCCCCUUUUUGGUAUGACUGCUUAUCUUUUCUUCAUUUGUUAGGUAACAUUUGUGACUGUGCAUUCAGCUUCUGGUGUCUCUUAAUCUUUCGUUGAGAAUUCCCAUCUGCUCUACCUCUCUUUCCAUUGUGGUUUCUUAAACGAGAACACUACAAAUGUUAGAACAAAACGUGAUCAAGCUAAGAUACUGAAUUCCGUGCAUAUGCCUUACAUUGGAGGCAAUUCCUCACUUGUUAUCUGUCUCCGUGAAUUAGUGUUUUGUGAAUCUUUUCAUGUUUUGUGGAGAAUGAGUUUACGCGGCAUAGAAUUUCUGAGAAAGCUUCCUUGGCGACACAGGGUUUUUUUUCCUUAGUUUCUCCUCUGAUCUCCGGAAACAAAUAUGAUAAAAAAUAUUGAAAUAGGUCUGUAAACGCUCUAAAGAACCCAACUUUAUCUUGUCUAGUCUUGGGGGUUGACUUGUUCCUUAUCUUUACUUUCAUCCGCUGUGAAAGUCUCUUGGUUUGUAACACUGGUGUACUAGUGAUAUCUCUUUUGACAGGAGAAUGAUUUUGUUUUUCAGAUACAAAACGAACCUCACAUGUUGUGGUUUUUUUCUGUAAACAUGUUUAUCAUGAAGAUUGUUUACCAGCUCGUGACGUGGUGAGUAAUGAUCAAGUAAAGAUAUCAAAGGUAGUGUUUGGCACUACAUUCGUGACAAAUCAUCGGCCGUCAGAUAUGCGCAGACGGCCGCACCAUAGCGAAUGAAGUGUACAAGCAGGACUCUCCCAUCCGUCCCUAUGCAGGUUUGGGUGGUACCACGUAUAAACCUAAUUCUGCAGCUGGGUUUUUUUGCGCAAUGUUGGGCUUCCUAAGGCUUGAUUAUUCAAGUUUCCUUUUCCAGCUUGUCACAUGGGAAAUCGAGGUGCUUGUACGAAUGAAAGAUAAAUUGCAUCUGCUCAAGCAAAUGAAUAUUGCUUUCAUUGAGAACAAAGUUACUGGGUUUGCAAAUUGUCAAGAGGUUGAGGUUUAGCUGGUAUAAGUUGCGCUAACAAUAAAUGACACUGAGAGAAACAGGCGUGUACAAGUAACCCUCAAUCUACUUGUUGACAGUAUUAUUGUAUUUCCCAUAAUGUUCUUUGCAUGGCUAUGAAAAAAAGCCACAGAUGGUAAAGGGAGAAGACACAAGUGCACGCUAAUAUAGGUUGCUAUUUGCUUUGUAGGGUCCGUUUUGCCAGAUUUGCACAGCGCAUAGCCAAGUGAAGAGACUGCGUUCCCGUCACGUGCAGAGAAACGAAGCAAGGCCUUGAUUGGCCAACCAUCCCAAGAGAUUGAGAUUCUAGGACUCACAACUUCAGAAAUUAAAUUUAGAAUGAUGCUAUAACUGACAACCCCUACCCACUCGUUAAUUAUGAAAAUCCCUUCAUUUAGAGACGACAGAAGCUGCUGUCCCAAUCGUGUGUUCGUGCACCUCUCGAGGAAAGGCCGAACAGAACAGUAGAUGAACCUAAUUAUAUAGAUUUAAUUCCCAUAAUUUAAGACCCGCAGCAGAAUCUUUAAAGAUACCUUGCGCAGGAAACAACUAAGGAGAAGUUCACGUGAGAAAAAAAGGGUGUUAGGUGUUUUUGUUUUCACACCAGAGUGCAUUUUUAUUGAGUGUCAUGAAAUCAAAACCAAAUUGAUUAUAACAGCCAAUCGGGACCAAUACAAAGUAAACUGGAAGAAAAACCAAGUAAAUCCGCGAAGCAAGAAUAAACUCUCCCAUAACAAAACUGAGUAGAGCAAGGCUAAUUGGGUCCUAGUUUACUUUUGACACCACGAGUCGAACAUUCAAUUUAAGAGUGCGUUCUUGGUUAUUUUGGGAAAAAAAACUAAUGUGCGCAUGCAGGUGUAUUGCCAGCCAUUUGCAGGGAGCAGUGAAUGAUGCACCUCUGGCAGCAGUUUGAUUUCUCUGCGUCCCAGGCAAGCAGUGAGACAAGCUAACAUUUAAUCCUGGCUUGCAAGAACUUAGACCCCGCUGAUAAACACUUCGUCAUUUGUUUGGUCAUCAGCAAUUUUUAUUGUACACAAAUACAUUAGAAGGAAAUAAGAAAGGGGCACUUGUACAAAGAGUGUGUUGGUUUGGACAUGGCGGAUUGCUUUAUAAAAUAUACGACUUUGUUUCAUCUAAGGAGAACAAUUGAAUUCAAACUCUGCUUGUCUGCCGAGUACGCAGAACAGAGUGGUAGCUGUCAAGAUCCAAUUACGCUAAACAGCUCAUCAACGCGCACAAUACAUGUUAAUUCUCGUAACCUAGUCAACACAGUCAAGUGUAUUGAUGAUACGCAAAUAAUCU